UGUAACAGAUUUCUAUUGUAUUGAUUAUUAUUAUAUCCAUAAAUGUUUAACAAAAUUAUUGGGACAUUGUCAACUUCCAAAACACAGGCUACCCAAWGUCCAUCUUCAUCUGCUCUUUCACUCAAAAUCUUACCYRGACAUCUGAAAAAGCAGAUGGCAACGCCAGCCGAUCGAUUUGUCCCAUGACUGAAGAUAAUUUUAUCACCCCAUUGUUGCGACCAGAACUUCAUGUCAGAUGCAUCAGAAUGUGUUUCCUGUAAAAAGGUGCAGUGUGCUUGUUGUCCUUUACAAAACAAAAAAACUGCUUUCCGUUUAAGUGAGUCUUUAAGUCCCUUUGUGUUAAAAGAAACAAAAGAAAAAUCAGUUUUUAUCUGAAAAAUAGAACACAUGAACAGACGGUUUAGGAGAGUGGGAAAAGAAAACUCCUUGAGGUCMCAUUAACAGAACUGUCCACURCCAUUUCAUGCUCAUUCCUGCUGUAUCUCAGUUCCCAGCUGAAGAAAUGUCCACGAUGCGUUUGCCUUCGAUGAAACCAAACGGGCCCCAGAAGCCCGCAGCUUUGCCUUCUUUUCUUGCUUUUUCAAUUUUUGGCCAAAGAACUUGUCUUGCUUUCCAAUCUUCUGGUGUCAAAUCUUCAGAGAAGCGAACUCCUUCUUCUUUGCAGAUGGGAGAAGUUUUAGUUCUCCUCCAAAUGUCGUCUCUCACGGUUCGUCUCACAAACAGAAUGAUGAUCUGUCUGUCUCUGUUAUCCAUUUUUCGACCCACUCUGUGUACCGCGUCAACCUCUUCAUCCAACUUUGAAGCCAAAUCAGGAGCAAUUUUGCACAGAAGUGCCRUCACUUCUUCUCGGAUGUUCUCACUAGACUUUUCCUUCUUUCCUUUUAAGCGCAGGCACCAUCGUCUUUUAUAUCUUUCACUAUUCAGGACUCUUUCUUUCAACUGCAUGUUUUCUUUGGAGAGUGAAUCCGCUUGUUUCUCCAAUUCUAUUAUUUUCUUUUUGCUUUCUUUUAGUUCCUCAGAAUUGAGCUGAACCGACUUAGCAAUAGCCGCUAGCAUAGCACUGUGCUGCUUCAUUUUGCGCGCCAACUUCUUCCAAGCGGUCUUCUACUUUCUGUCCUAAGGAACUUAUAGCGCUCAAAAUGGCCUCAGUGUUCAUUUCUUCCUGGGACGUACCUUUUGUUCUUUUUUCCAUGUGUGUUUUUUUUUCAGGAGUGCUGGUUGGGGUACCGGCUUCCCUCUCCCGUUUGCUAGCUGCAGCAGACUCCAUUGGCACCGCAUAGUCGUGCUCACUUUCGGAGGUUUUAGAAUGCGGAGACUUAACUCCAGGCGGCAUAAACUUGUUGGUUUUCUUCAUAUUACAAGCUGAGUAUUGAUAUUUCAGAUAUUUACUAGUAGUUUUACUUACUGAGUUAACUUACAGUCGGGACCUUUUCGGGAGCUCAGAGAACCAUGACUUGCUUGUCCGCCAUCGCCAUUGACUCCCCCGGAUCAACAGAAAUAAAUGGGCUGAAUUUACUUCCUGCCGUCCAUCUGCAUUGGGUGACGUCGUGCUACGUCAUCUGAAACACAGCAAUAUCUGACAAGACCUAUUAUAUUCUGUGAUUGUCUGUAUUUCCAUAACAGUCAUAAUAUUAGAGGUCAAAUGUUAGGUUCGGCUUAUUAUUUAUUUUUCCUUUUGUUUCAGUAUAUGGUGCUCACAGAAUAUAGCGGAACACCGGAACUCAAAGCGUCUUUUCUAUUUCUGGGCUAGAUCUUCAUGUGACACUUCCGGCGGAAGUAACCACACUGAGCUAGCAGCGUUAGCUUCCAGGCUUCUUUGUGUUUAUCGGUGGUUAAAAAACGGCUUUUCUGGGUGAGCUGAAUGUUUAAGAGUCUGCAGUAACAAUAUCUUCGGUUAAUCUUCGGAGAGAAUCGAUCAGAGAGAGACUAACUGCUGCUGAGUGGAAAUAUUCAGCCUCACCGGAGGAGGAAGGAUCGACCAUCCGCUCAGACUGCUGGGAAACCCGGAUCAGCUCCAGAUUUGCCUCAACAAUAUGUCUGUUAUCAGGCAAGAUGUUGCUGCUCACUAUUUUGUCCUCAACCAACAAGAGAUUUCUGUUUUGGACCAGAGCGAAGCAGAAUCUCUAAAAACUGAGAGAAGAGCAGAAGAACCAGAACUUAGACAAGUAAAAGAAGAAGAGUAUGGAUCGAAACCUCUGCUAAAUGUGAAGAAAGACAAAAACAUAAAGCAAGAGACGGACACAUUACUGGGAACAGAUUCUGGAACUCUUCAAAUAAAGGAAGAACCAGAGGAAACAGAACUGCAACAAUUGAAAGAUGACUAUUGUCAAUCAGAGUCUCAGCAGAUGGUAAAAAUUGAGGUUGACAACAUCAGUCAGGAUGAAAAUCAGGAAGUACUGAAGCAGGAGACGGAUACCCUAACGGUAACCGAUUCUGGAUCUCUGGAACUCAAAGAGGAACCAGAAGAACUGGAAACUAAAGAAGUGAAGGAAGAGGAGCAUGGAUCAGGACCUCAGCCGAUGGUAGAGAAAGAUGCUGUAAGCAUCAGCCUGGAUGAAAAGCAGAAUGUACUGAAGCAAGAGACUGAUAAUUUAAUCACAAAGACCUCUGAUGGUGAAACAAACCACCAACAACCACAACUCAAAGGAAACAAAAUCCCCUUUCAGAAUAUCCCUGAAACAGAUCAUCAGCAGAAAAUAAAGACUCACAACAAAGGUCAAAGUGGCAAUGUAGAGAAAGGGAUGAAGGAUAGGGGAACUUACAAAGGUAAAAACUAUAAGCAAUGUACAGUGUGUGGAAAAAAGUUCAAAUGCAGGAGUGAUUUAACAAGUCACAUGAAAGCUCAUAGAAAUGAGAAUCCUUUCUCAUGUCUAACCUGUGGGAAAUGUUUAAGUCGCAAACAAAGUUUAGACAGACACAUGAUGACGCACACAGGUGAGAAGCCUUUCUCAUGUCUAACCUGUGAAAAAGGUUUCACUCAAAAAUGUUUUUUGGACCAGCACAUGAAAACUCACACAGGUGAGAGGCCUUUCUCAUGUCUAACAUGUGGAAAAGAUUUCAUUCAAAAAAGUAGGUGGACUUGCCAUAUGAAAAUUCACAAAGCUGAGAAACCUUUCUCAUGUAUAACAUGUGGAAAAGGUUUUAUUCAAAAAUAUAGUUUGACUUGCCACAUGAGAACUCACACAGAUGAAAAACCUUUCUCAUGUCUAGCUUGUGGAAAAAGUUUCAUUCAAAAAAAUAUUUUAACUCGCCACAUCAAAACUCACACAUGUGAGAAGCCUUUCUCAUGUUUAACCUGUGGAAAAGGUUUUGUUCAGAAAAACAAAUUGAUUCACCACAUGAGAUCUCACACAGGCGAGAAGCCUUUCUCGUGUGUAACCUGUGGGAAAUGUUUCUUUCAAAAACAUAGUUUGACUAUACACAUCAAAACUCAUACAGGUGAGAAACCUUUCUCAUGUCUCACCUGUGGAAAAGGUUUCCUUCAAAAACGUAGUUGGACUUUUCAUAUGAGAAGUCAUUCAGGUGAGAAGCAUUUCUCAUGUUUAACCUGUGGAAAACAUUUUAUUGAAAGUAGUUGUUUGAGAAAGCACAUGAGAACUCACACAGGUGAGAAGCCUUUCUCGUGUGUAAGCUGUGGAAGAGAUUUCACUCAUAAAUAUAGUUUGAAUUGCCACAUGAGAAUCCACACAGGUGAGAAACCUUUCACAUGUGCCACCUGUGGAAAAGCUUUCAUUCAAAAACGCAAUUUGACUGGCCACAUGAGAACUCACACAGGUGAGAAGCCUUUCUCAUGUCUCACCUGUGGAAAAGGUUUCCUUCAAAAGCGUAGUUGGACUUUUCACAUGAGAAGUCAUUCAGGUGAGAAGCAUUUCUCUUGUACAAUCUGUGGAAAAGAUUUUAACCAAAAUAGUUGUUUAAAUCAGCACAUGAGAACUCACACAGGUGAGAAACCUUUCGCCUGUAUAACAUGUGGAAAAGGUUUCACUCAAAGAUGUAGCUUGAAUAGUCACAUGAGAACUCACACAGGUGAGAAACCUUUCUCAUGUAUAAUCUGUGGAAAAGGUUUCAGUCAUAAAUGUAGUUUGAGUAACCACAUGAGAACUCACAACUGAGAUGUUUCAUUAGAAGGGCUCAAAAAAGUUAACAGGGUUUAAAUGGCCAAUAGAUAAUGUUCUAGAUAAAAAUAUUCUCAACUAUUCUCAACUUCUCAAUUUUAAUGUAUUGUACUUUUUAUUUUGUACAUAGUUUACUAUUAAUUUUCUCAAUGUGCUCUGAGCAAGUAUAUUUGAUGGUGACACAACAUGGCAAAAUAAAAGUCUCACACCAGCAGAAAACAGAUCUGAGUACUUUGCAUGUUCUUUAGUUUUGUGAGUUCGCUGUGGUGUAAUUGUAUAUUUAGUUACUAUAAAAGUUAAUAUAUUACAUUAUGAAAAAUAUGCUUGAUAUUUGGGGCCUGCCCCACACAACGCAUGGCAGGCCCCAGUUUAAUACUUAUUUUUAUUCUGUCACCAUUAAUGCAGCCCGAACCGCUGCGUGAAACCCCACAAAAUAUGUCAAAAUGUACGGCCUGGCCUCGAGGAGGAAGUUGUUACUUCUGUUGGUGUUUUGACUUGCCAUGGCAAUGUAGUUGAUAAAAAACAAACCACACCUUUAAAUUACAAUGGAAGUGAAUGUACCCUACAAAAUAAAAGCCUUUUUAUGCUACACAUCAGGUAAUUGCUACUUUGGCUUUUAUAUGACUGGUAUAACCCAACUACUGCUACCCUUGGGAUUUUUAUGGCCUUUCAAAAUGAAGCUUACUGAAAUUUUCAAAAUAAAAGCCUCAUGGUUCCUUACUUACUCUCUACAUAUUAACAGUUCAAUGGGAUGUUGGUUUAGGACUCCACGUUUGUAAGUGCUCACAUUCAAUUGGUAGAGUCAACAUGCUAGUAGUUCAUCAUGCUAGUGGUAGCCCAAACAUUAAAGCUAGCAUUUAAUGAUGGCUGAAAUAUUUGGUUCCCUGUGUUACUUUGGAAAAUAAGGAGCUAAUGUUUUAAAAUUCUCAAACACAGUUGUGUGUGACGUUAGGAUUGAGAGACCUAAAUCUCAAGAUGAUUGGUUAAUUUUUGUCCCAUGGGGAAACAAAACAUUACAAAUUGUGAGUUUUAUACGGAAAUAAAACAUUUUUCUUUUUUGAAAAGGGAGGAUAUCUUUCAUUCAGUAAUCUGUCACAUGUUACAUUAGAACAGGAUUUCCCAGAAAGCCUACACUCUUCAGGAAGUCUAAUUUUUUUGUGUUAAGCUAUCAGCUAGCUUCUAUCCUUUUAUCUCAGCACUAAAAAAUUAUAAACACACAAUGUGUUGGAAAAUAGUAUUUGGUGACCGAUAUUUGUCAGGCUAAAGUGAAAAUGACAAACGUAGGCGAAAGAUGGAUUCUCUUGGCUAUUAAAAAAAUACAAAACGGUGUAAGAAGAAUCCCACACAAGGCCAGGUUUAUCUAUUUUGUUGCUGUUUUUAACAGUAGCUGUUGAUGAAACAAAGUUACAACCUUGACAUGAUUACUGAUCGUUUUACUGAGAAAUCGAUCAGAAGAGCCGUGAAAAUGUUCUGAUCUGGCUGCAGUGUGCAGCCAGACACGGGGGUCAAACUAAGCUCUGUCCAACUUAUCGGACUGGGAUAAUGUUCUGUUUUUUGUAGAGAUGUGCCGAUCAGGUUUUUUCCUGCCGAUUCUGAUUCCGAUCACCCAUGAGG